UUAAAAAAAAUUCAACCUAAAAAUUUUCAAAAAACAAAAUAAUCCAUAAAUAAGUAAUUUUAAAGCAAAUAUAAUUAUAUAACUAAAGCUUAAAUGAGUAAGUUUGGAAAUGUUUUAAGAGAAAUGGAUUUGUUUAGUAGCCAAGUAGGGCUAUAGGUAAACAAUUCUUUUUUUUAUAAGACUAGAUUUGGGGGAUUAGCUUCUAUUUUAUCUAUUACAAUGAUCUUAAUUUUCAUUUGGCCAAGAGUAAUAUCUUUCUCUGGAAAGGAUGAAGUGAAAGUAGUUAUUAACCGCGUUUACUCGCCAAGUCCUCCAGAAUCAUCAAUAAGUCCAGACAGAUUUAUGUUUGCCCUUAGAGUAUACCAAAAUAAUAGAGACUUUUUGACUAAUCCAUACUUUAAUAUUACUGUUCAAUAAGGAGUGUAUUAAAUAGAGGGAAAUCAGUAAAUUAGAAAAUUUUAUGACAUUGAAUUAGAGCCAUGUACGCCUAAUCAUUGGGAAAGUAUGAAAAGUUAUUCCAAUUUUACUAAACUUUUCGAGUCCUAUGGAAGCGACUAUCUGUGCCCAACAUUUGAUUCUUAGCUGUUUAUUUAAGGCAUGUUUGGCAGCGAGACAUUUGCUUUCAUUUAAAUCAAUGUAGUACCCUGUAUAACACCAAAUAAUCCCAAGCUAAAAUGGAAUCCUGUAUGUGCUCCAUAAGAGGAGGUUGACUAAGUGACUCAAUAAGUUGGAUUUCAUGGAAUGAACAUCUACCACUCAAACUAUGUUCUUAACGUUGAUUAACCAUAAAACUUUUUCACACCAUACAUAAACGAUAAACUAUAUUUUACAUUUGUUCCUUAUAAAAUGACUAAAUUGUGCGAUAUUUACUUCUAAGAUAUAAGUGUUGUAAAUGAUAUGUCUCUUUUACCAACCACAGAUAAUAAAUAUUUUAAAUUUUUAACCCAAGAAAAUAAUGAUAUCUUAUAAACAACUGAAUUAUCUAGAUAAGACGGUGUUUUUGUUAGUCUCACAAUAAGGCUAAGUCCUUAUGUUACAUCUAUCGAUAGAUCAUAUCAAAAAUUGACUCAAUUUUUGAGUGAGCUUGGUGGAUUAGCUUAAAUAGUAUUUGUUUGUGCUGGAUUUAUUUUAAAAAAGUAUAACAACUUUAGGUUUGUACUUGAUCUAGCUAAUACUCUCUACUCAUUUGAGAAGAGUAAUAAAUAAGAAAUAUCAGAUAAUGUUGCAUCUUAGUUUGAUAAUCCAAAUAAAUAAGAUACCAAUAUUGCUCCUUCUCCUGUUCUUUAGCCUUAGAGAGGUACAUAAUAAAAUAUUUAAGUGUAUGCUAGUGGCUAUAGUAACCAAAAUAGCUUUAAUUUAAAGAACCAAGUAAAAGAAGGUAAUAACAGUAGAGCAUUUAAUAAUAACUAGAACUUUAUACUUUCUUAAGAUAUUCUUUCAGAAAAUAAAUUCUUCUCGAGUAAUUAAAUUGGUGAAGUAAAUCCGCUUUCAUCUCCAUUAUAAAUACCAAAAUCUAGUGCAAAUAGAACCAAAUAGAAAACUUUUGAGUAAAAUGUUAUGAGUGAAAACGAAUAUUAAGAAAUAGAUAAAAAGGAGAAAGAAAAAGAAGAUGGUAAAUCCUACCUAAUUAAGCAAUUUAAUAAAAUAUUAUAACAAAAACAAAAUUUAAAAAUAGGGUUUUAAUACAUAAUUUCAAAAAUUACAAUUAACAAGUUUUUUAAUUCAGAGUAUAACUAAUAUAUAAAUAAAGCUACCAAAAUGAUAAACAAUGACUUAGAUAUUUACAACAUUCUUGAAAAAAUUCAAUAAAUUGAUAAAAUUAAAAAUAUCAUUUUUGAUAAAUAUCAAAGUCUCAUCUUUUAGUAUCACCCAAAACCUAUUAUUACCCUUGAUUAAUAACCAAAAAUAGAUUAAGUAAAGUAAAGAAAAAAAUCUAUUUUCUAACCACAAAAAGGAAUUUUAUUAGAAAAAUAAGAAUUCUAAACAGUUGAAUAAUUCGAAAAACUAUUCGAUUCUUAUUAGACAAUAAAAUAAAAUUAAGAAUACACAAAUCAUGACAAAAAUAUAAAUCACAGACUCAUAAGACAAUUAGGAUCUGACUUACUGCAUAUAUUUUAAGUUUCAGAAAAUUUGGAUAUUGUAGACACAUCAAAGUAUAAAUCAUUUUAGAGAUUUAACAGUAUAGAAAUGGAAAAAAGCAAGUACUUUAAAUCAUAACAUUUAUAGUCAAAAACUAAUUAAACCAAAUAGUUAUAAUAACUAAAUUUAAAUGAUGAAUUCAAAUAAAAUUCAGCCUAAUAAAUAACUUUUGAUAAAAUAAAAAAAUCAGUUUAAUUAAAUGUUUAAGUAACCAAGCCAAGGAUGAGCCUUCACUAUGAAAAUUAGCAUAAAAAUAUAGAAUGCAAUAAUGAUGACUAUAAUUCUGAGAAAGAAUAGCAUAAUAUUGAAUAUGAUCACAAAAAUGUUUUGUAAUAGGAAUAAAGCUAAAAUAUGUAUAACGAUCAAGAUAUUUUACCAAAUAGCAUAGACCUUUCAAGUUGUAGAGACCAAAAUGAUGUUCCAGAUGAAAAUGAAAAAGGAGGCAUGGAUAAAUACAAAGUGACAAAUUAUGCUCAUUCAUAAGAUAGUUGA